AUGGAUACCGAGUUUCUCCGAACGUUAGAUCGUCAGAUCCUCUUGGGUGUCUUCGUCGCUUUCGUUGCCGCCACUGCUGGUGCUGCUUACUAUCUCUCCUCCUCCAAGAAACGCAGAGGGUGUUUGGAUCCAGAGAAUUUCAAGGAGUUCAAGCUUGUUAAGAAGCAGCAACUUAGCCACAAUGUUGCCAAAUUCGUUUUUGAGCUCCCAUCUUCUACUGCUGUGUUGGGUCUUCCCAUUGGACAACACAUCAGUUGCAGGGGAAAGGAUGCUCAAGGAGAGGAUGUUAUUAAGCCAUACACUCCCACAACGUUAGAUUCAGAUCUUGGACGCUUUGAGCUUGUCAUUAAGAUGUAUCCACAAGGAAGGAUGUCUCAUCAUUUCAGGGAGAUGCGUGUUGGAGACCAUCUUGCUGUUAAGGGACCAAAGGGAAGGUUCAAGUAUCAGCCAGGACAGUUUAGAGCAUUUGGAAUGCUUGCUGGAGGUUCAGGCAUCACUCCCAUGUUCCAAGUAGCAAGAGCUAUUCUUGAAAACCCAACAGACAAGACAAAGGUGCACCUCAUUUACGCCAAUGUCACAUACGAUGACAUUCUCUUAAGGGAAGAAUUGGAGAGUCUUACCGCCAAUUAUCCAGAUCAAUUCAAAAUCUACUAUGUUUUGAACCAGCCUCCGGAAGUAUGGGAUGGUGGUGUUGGAUUUGUAUCAAAGGAAAUGAUUCAGGCUCAUUGCCCUGCACCAGCAUCCGAUAUUCAGGUCUUAAGAUGUGGACCACCACCAAUGAACAAGGCAAUGGCUGCAAACCUUGAAGCUCUUGGUUACUCUCCAGAGAUGCAAUUCCAGUUCUGA